AUGGCUUCAGAAUCAUUGCCGUCCUCGUCGGGUUCACCUGCUUCACCUGCAUCUUCAUCUUCCUCCUUCACACAACCACCACCACCUCAUUCUCCAUCCCUCAACGCCACCACCUCAUCCAACAUCGACAUUCCCGUCCUCAUCUCCGGUGCUGGUCCAACAGGGCUCAUGGCCGGCCUCCUCCUCGCAAAGAUGGGCAUCCCCAGUCGAAUCAUCGAGCGUGACAUGGCCCCCACCCUAGACUCUCGAGCCAUCGGAACCCACGCAAGAACUAUCGAAAUCUUCAAGCUCACAGACAAAGCAUUUUAUGAGGAGGUUGGAGGCCAAUCCUGGAAGUCCGAGUCGAUGCGGUUCUACUUUGGGAGCAGCCUGGUGGCAGACAUCAAGCCGAACCCAAGCAAGGAUUCAGAGUUUCAUGUCCCCUGGAUGUUAGCGCAGACAGAGACGGUCAAGAUUCUGACGGAAGCGUAUGAGAAGACGGGGAUCGGGAAGGUGGAGCGUGGGUGGGAGUUGUUGGAUACCAAGGUUGUUGAGCAGGAACAGGAGCAAGUUGAGCACCAGCAGGCAGAGGAUGGAACGACACAGGAUAUGAAAACGACGACUGCAACGACCUCAUGGGUGGAGACGACGAUGCGAAGGGCGAUUGAGGGAAGCAACAAGCGCAAGGGCGAGAGUGUGGUGUUGGGCACUGUUGACAUGGCAGGGGAGGAUAAGGACAAGGAUUACGAGGUCAAGGUAGUCCGGUCCGAGUACUUGAUUGCCUCUGACGGUGGCCGGUCGACGGUCCGACACCGACUCAACAUCCCAUUCCCAGGCCGUACUCGCGACAACAACUUCAUUCUCUUUGAUGGACAUGUCGAGACCGACCUAUCCAACACCCAUAUCACGUUCAUCAAUGGAGAUAAUUGUCGCUCUGUCGGAAUGUUCCCCAUCCGCGACAACAGAGUCCGUUUGAUGCUCGACGACGGUAUACUAACCCAAGAACAGUUCAACGCACGAGAGCCCAAGACCCCGACCAAGGAAUACUUUGAGAAUCUCCUUCAGGAAACCUUGGGUACCCUCAAGCUCAAGGUCCUCAGCUACAACUGGCUGGCCUACUACAGGGUCAAUGAGCGCCGAUCUGCCAAGUUUGCGCACAAGCGACGGAUUUUUUUGGCCGGCGAUGCUGCCCAUUGCCAUUCUCCUGCUGGUGGUCAAGGAAUGAACACGGGUCUGCAGGAUUCAUACAACCUGGCAUGGAAGAUCGCGCUGGUCCUCAACGGAACAGCGCCUCAAUCGCUCCUGGACUCUUACAGCGAGGAACGCAUCCCCAUCGCUGACGAAAUUAUUAAGCUCUCGGCCAAGACCCUUGAAAAUGGUGUCUACCGAGGCUGGUUGUCGUCCAACAUGAAGCGAAUGAUGCUUUCAAUCACGCCCUUUCUCACUCGUUACUUACCCAAUGGCAGAAGCCGUCCUUCCUUCUCCAUGUUGGGACUUCGGUACCACGAGAACUCGAUCAACAAGGCCCACAAAUCUCAACACUACUCGGUCACAGGACCUGCUUCCAUCGGACAAAGAGCCCCUGACGACAUCCUUGUCCCUUUCACAGCACCUGCAGAUACAUCGAUGCCAAGGUCAGAGUCGCUAACUGAACUGGAGGAUGAUUCGACUGGUCAACCCGCAACAACACGACUCUACGAACUCCUCGCCUUCCCUGGUGUCUUUCAUAUUCUCAUCUUUGCGGCCGAUCGUCUCGCGAAGGAUAAGGACUUUGAUUCCAGUCUGGUCAAGGAUGUUGACCACUACCAACGGGUAUGGUUGUCCAGAUGGCCAGGACUCAGAGGAGUGUUGGAAUCAAACGCGAGCUCGGAGGCGAUGAGUAGCAAGAAGACGAAGUCGACACCUCAGUUCAUGGUUCAUGUCAUCUCCAGCGCCACACCCUCCUCUUCCUCCUUCGACUCGGAUCCCCAUGAAACAACCACAACAGCAAUGGCGGAUAGGGCAGCAGGCUUUGGAAAAAUUUAUGUCGAUCGCGAAGGAGGGCGACUGCAUGAGCGAUAUGGAUUCGUGGGCGUGUCGACUAGGAAGAGCGGAGGAGGGAUUGUUAUUCUUCGCCCUGACACGCAUAUCGCGUUCCGGGUGUCGAAUGUUGACAGUGCUGCGUGGGUGGAAGUGGAUGAGUACUUUGAGUCUAUCUUGGUCAAAUAG